AUGGAGAAAUCUCAGUCAGCAGCUCUGGCGGUGGAAGACCUAGUACUCAAAGGAAAGCAAUGUCAUGACUAUAAGACGACAGAUCGUUCGAGCCUACCCACGGGAUCAAACGACACAUCAUGCGCGUUCCUAUGCUUCAGCUCAGGUACUACCGGCUUGCCAAAGACUGUCGUAAUAUCGCAACAGAACUCAAUAUUACAAAUUGUUCAGAUGUGUGAUUUUGGAUCACCGCGUUUGCUACGUGUGUUCUUAGGCGUUUUGCCCUUUUAUCGCACGCUGUUGAUUCGAGUGGUAAACGCCCCUCAAGUGAGCUCGUGCGACAUCAAAUGCGUUGGGCAGUUCAACAAGGGUGCAGCGCCGCUUGCGCACGAGGUGAUUGCGAAACUUGCGAAAUUAUAUCCAGAUGUGGCCAUCCGCCAGGCAUGGGGAAUGACUGAGACAUGCAGCUGCGUGACGGUCACACCGUGGAAUAUGAUGACAUACGGAAACGCCCGCUUUAUCGGCAAAAUAGUUCCGGGAACUACUGUCAAAGUAUUCGAUAUCGAGAAUGGUCGUGAACUGGGAUUUGAUGAGCCUGGAGAGGCAAGCGCAAAUUUUCAACAAACCACACCAUCUAGACAGGACUAUUCCUAUUUGCAAAUGCAGAAGGGGUGUGGACCUCAGGUCACAAUGGGCUACAAGGAUAAUCCGUCUACAACAAAGUCCACGUACGAUGAGGAAGGCUAUAUACACACCGGUGAUAUUGGACUAGUCAGGCAGGACGGGUUUGUUGCAAUACAUGACCGGAUAAAGGAGAUGAUCAAAGUCAAGGGAAAUGCCGUAGCGCCUGCUGAGCUAGAGGACCUUUUGCUCGGCCAUCCAGCCGUGAAGGAUGCGGCUGUGAUCGGGAUUGUGGACGACUACAUCGGCGAGGUGCCUAUGGCACUUGUGGUUCUGCAAAAGGAGAUAGACCCUACCCCAGAGAUGGUGCGCGAGCUUCAAAACUACGUCGCGAAACACAAGGCUAGAUACAAGCGUAUAUCUGGAGGAUUGUGUCGGAGAUACCAGAAAGUGGAUCAAGGAAAAUUCUGUGGCGCGUCUUACGCGAGCAAAUGA